CGUUUCGAUAAAUGAUAUGGUUGAUACUGAAGGAAAAUUUUUUGUCUCUGGGAAUUAUAUUUUUUCAAUCUUUAUUCAUUGAAAGUUUAUGUUGUAGACGCAAAAAACCAUAAAUAACCGAAUUUUUAAACAUUGUGCUGUGUGUGAACAGUUUGGAAUAGUGACAAUUGCUUCAGUUAUCCAAAAGAAAUAAUGAAGCGAAAAAUUCUCCCAAUUUUGAAGUUAAUUUGUGUAUUUUAUCUAUUUGGAUCGACGAAUGCAUUUUAUUUACCCGGUUUGGCACCAGUUAAUUACUGCAAAAGUCAGGAAGCUUCUGAACCAUGCAAAUCGGAAGUUAAACUGUAUGUGAAUCGACUCAACACCGAGGAAUCGGUAAUUCCGUAUGAAUAUCAUCAUUUCGAUUUCUGUCCCACUGAUGAGGCGAAUUCACCAGUCGAAAAUUUGGGUCAAGUCGUAUUUGGCGAACGAAUACGACCGGGACCGUACAAAAUCGAUUUUCUUCAAGACGUUCAGUGUAAAAAGGCAUGUACCCGUACGUACAAAGGUGGCGAUCCGGAUAGUGACAAACGUUUGAUGGUUUUGAAGAAGGGAAUGAGCUUAAAUUACCAGCACCACUGGAUCGUCGACAAUAUGCCAGUGACGUGGUGUUAUCCAUUGGAAAAUGAUCGCCAAUUCUGUAGCACUGGAUUCCCUAUGGGAUGUUUAGUGAGACAUCAUCCGGAUGGAGAGGAUAGCUGUCCGAUCAAUCCGAAUUACAACAAACCCGGUGUCUAUUACUUAUUCAAUCACGUCGACCUGAUUGUCACAUAUCACAGCGGUGAAAUGGAAGAAUGGGGCGUUGGAUUCAAGGAAAAUGGUGGUCGCAUCAUUUCGGUAAAAGUGGUUCCAUCGUCGAUAAAGCAUCCGAAUCCCGAAUCAUUAGAUUGUACCAGCCGGGAGCCUUUAGAGAUUUCAUCGAAUGCCAUUCCGAACGGUCAGAAAUUGGACAUUACGUACACGUAUUCGGUCAAGUUCAUCCAAAACAACACCAUCAAAUGGUCGUCACGAUGGGACUACAUUCUCGAAUCAAUGCCACACACUAAUAUCCAAUGGUUCAGCAUCCUAAAUUCGUUGGUUAUUGUGCUGUUUCUGUCUGGCAUGGUUGCCAUGAUAAUGCUUCGGACAUUGCACAAAGACAUUGCACGUUACAAUCAAAUGGAAUGUGGUGAGGACGCGCAAGAAGAGUUCGGAUGGAAAUUGGUUCACGGUGACGUUUUUCGACCACCACGUAAAGGAAUGUUGUUGUCGGUGUUCCUUGGAUCCGGUGUUCAAGUACUGUUCAUGUCGCUGGUAACGUUAGCAUUUGCUUGCUUGGGAUUCUUAUCGCCAGCUAAUCGAGGAGCUUUGAUGACUUGUGCUAUGGUUUUGUACGUGCUGCUAGGAACUCCAGCUGGAUAUGUAUCAGCACGAAUCUAUAAAAGUUUUGGCGGCAUCAAAUGGAAGAGCAACGUUCUGUUAACAUCGAUGCUAAGUCCUGGUGUCGUUUUUGGACUCUUCUUUGUGAUGAACUUGGUGUUAUGGAGCAAGGGCAGCUCUGGCGCAGUUCCUUUCAGCACAUUUUUGGCAUUAUUGGCAUUGUGGUUCGGAGUGUCGGUUCCACUUACUUUCGUCGGAGCAUACUUUGGAUUCAGGAAAAGGGCAUUGGAGCACCCAGUUCGAACCAAUCAAAUACCUCGUCAAAUUCCGGAUCAAUCGAUUUACACUCAACCGAUACCCGGCAUCAUCAUGGGCGGUGUGUUGCCGUUCGGUUGCAUUUUCAUUCAACUUUUCUUCAUUCUAAAUUCAAUUUGGUCCAGUCAAAUGUACUACAUGUUCGGAUUUCUGUUCCUCGUAUUCCUGAUUCUGGUGAUCACAUGCUCGGAAACGACCAUCCUCUUGUGCUAUUUCCAUUUGUGCGCCGAAGACUAUCACUGGUGGUGGCGAUCCUUUCUCACAUCCGGAUUUACGGCAGUCUAUUUAUUCAUUUACUGUUGCCAUUAUUUUGCGACGAAACUAUCGAUCGAAGAUGCCGCAUCGACGUUCUUGUACUUUGGCUACACAGCGAUCAUGGUAUUUCUGUUCUUCCUGCUCACCGGAACCAUUGGAUUUAUGGCGUGUUUCUGGUUUAUACGGAAAAUCUACAGCGUUGUUAAGGUGGACUAGACAUUUAAACGAAUUUUGUGAGUGGAGAAGGACAUAGAUGACCGACAUGGAAAUAAUAUAAACGAAAAAGAUGUGUUUGCUGAGCGGAUAACAUGGAAUGAAAUUUGUUUCUUCUUUUUGUUUACAAACAGUAAUAAUUAAAUGGAACUACACCAACGGCUAUGAGCGGUUGACUAUUUUUAAGUUUUUUUUUUUAAUUCGACCGACCAAUCAACAAAGUAAAAUAAUUUUUUUUCAACUAAUUUGAGCAAGGAAUCGAUUCUCGGUCCAUCUUUUUCAUUUUCUUUUAUGUGAUAAAAUUAUUGCGAAGUGUCUGGUCCGGCUACAGAAGUGAGAAAAGAAAAAGUUUUGUUUUGUUUGAUCUCAAUGGUCAGAGAUGGGACGGGAUAGGCAUUAUGUGAAAAUUACUAUUAAAUAAUCGGGAGCGUUGGAGCUGCCAAUUUUUGUACUAUCCGAAUUCUGAUUCUGAAACAAUCUAUGGCGAGAAUAG